AUGCAUGGACCGCCUGAAACAGUGGACAGUGGCACUCUCCCGAUCAGAAGAGAAUUCAAGAUCUCAAGGUGCAACGAACUUAAACCUCGAACAAAAGAGAAACAGUGGACAGUGGCACUCUCCGACAUAGCCGACUACGAGAAUCGAAGCCGAGAAAUAGUGGACAGUGGCACUCUCCGACAUACCCGGCUGGCGAGAAUCGAAGCCGUUGCUGAGUUUAGACUACGUAUCGGACACUCGUACAAAGGAGAAACAGUGGACAGUGGCACUCUCCCGAUCAGAAGAGAAUUCAAGAUCUCAAGGUGCAACGAACUUAAACCUCGAACAAAAGAGAAACAGUGGACAGUGGCACUCUCCGACAUAGCCGACUACGAGAAUCGAAGCCAUUGGGAGUAUACACUCAACCCAUAUGCCCUUCGUAACCUACAGGAGGAAAUGGAGAAGACCCACCUGACUCGGUAA